GCUCCUGGGAUAAUAGGCAGAAAUCAAGGGGGUCUGAGCUCAGCCAUGCCAGUAGGAGCUGGUACAGGGCUGGAGGAAGGGCUCAGAUGGGGUCUGGUCCUGAAUCCCGCCCCAGCCUCUGUCUUUCCCCAGACUGUCCAGGGGAAGGGAACUCUGAUGGCCACAAGGAAGCAGAACAGCUGCAGAGGAAAGGGCAGGAUGGGAAAAGGCCGUGUCCUCACCCACUCCGGGGAGAUGGGUUCUGGGAAGGAACUGACACAGAUGAUGAAACUGAGGCUCAAGGAGGACAACUGACUCUUCCGAGAAUUUCUACAACUGCCGGGUCCAGGUCGGCUCAUGAACCCGCUGCAGGCCGGCGGAGGCCCGCUUCAGCAGCGGCUGCGUGCCACCCCACAGAGCGGCCACCAGCACCAGAGCCAGCACCUGCCCUGAAUGCAGACGAGGGGCGGAGACCCAUGAUCCGGAAGUGGCCUCGAAACCUUUUCCGGUCCUACUCACGUUGCGGCCUUCGUCGCGUCACCGCCGGGAUGAAGCCGAUCCUACUGCAGGGCCAUGAGCGGUCCAUUACGCAGAUUAAGUAUAACCGCGAAGGAGACCUCCUCUUUACUGUGGCCAAGGACCCUAUCGUCAAUGUAUGGUACUCUGUGAAUGGUGAGAGGCUGGGCACCUACAUGGGCCAUACCGGAGCUGUGUGGUGUGUGGACGCUGACUGGGACACCAAGCAUGUCCUCACUGGCUCAGCUGACAACAGCUGUCGUCUCUGGGACUGUGAAACAGGAAAGCAGCUGGCCCUUCUCAAGACCAAUUCGGCUGUCCGGACCUGCGGUUUUGACUUUGGGGGCAACAUCAUCAUGUUCUCCACGGACAAGCAGAUGGGCUACCAGUGCUUUGUGAGCUUUUUUGACCUGCGGGAUCCGAGCCAGAUUGACAACAAUGAGCCCUACAUGAAGAUCCCUUGCAAUGAUUCUAAAAUCACCAGUGCCGUUUGGGGACCCCUGGGGGAGUGCAUCAUCGCUGGCCAUGAGAGUGGAGAGCUCAACCAGUAUAGUGCCAAGUCUGGAGAGGUGUUGGCGAAUGUUAAGGAGCACUCCCGGCAGAUCAACGACAUCCAGUUAUCCAGGGACAUGACCAUGUUUGUGACCGCAUCCAAGGACAACACAGCCAAGCUUUUUGACUCCACAACUCUUGAACAUCAGAAGACUUUCCGGACAGAACGUCCCGUCAACUCAGCUGCCCUCUCCCCCAACUAUGACCAUGUGGUCCUGGGCGGUGGUCAGGAAGCCAUGGAUGUAACCACAACCUCCACCAGGAUUGGCAAGUUUGAGGCCAGGUUCUUCCAUUUGGCCUUUGAAGAAGAGUUUGGAAGAGUCAAGGGUCACUUUGGACCUAUCAACAGUGUUGCCUUCCAUCCUGAUGGCAAGAGCUACAGCAGCGGCGGCGAAGAUGGUUACGUCCGUAUCCAUUACUUCGACCCACAGUACUUCGAAUUUGAGUUUGAGGCUUAAGAAGCUGGAUCUCCGGCCGGGUGCAGUGGCUCAUGCCUGUAAUCCCACCACUUUGGGAGGCGAAGGCGGGUGGAUCACCCGAGGUCAGGAGUUUGAGACCAGCCUGACCAACAUGGAGAAACCCCGUCUCUACUAAAAAUACAAAAAUUAGCCGGGCAUGGUGGCACAUGCCUGUAGUCCCAGCUACUCAGGAGGCUGAGGUGGGAGAAUCACUUGAACCCAGGAGGCAGAGGUUGCAGUGAGCUGAGAUCGCGUCAUUGCACUCCAUCCUGAGCAACAAGAGCGAAACUCCGUCUCAAAAAAAAGGUGGAUCUCCAUCCAGGCCAGAGAAGAUUCUCACAGAAGGUUUUGAACUCUAAGAAAUAAAUUGGUUUGGUAAUAAAUGGCUUCUGGUCAGAUA